UCGGGCUUUCCUGGGUUGACAGCUGUCACCGUACUCCGAGGUCAAGGGGAAAGAAGCAUGGCUGCGUUGUUUAGAGGGUCGCGAAAUGUAUUAUUAAGGUGGAAUAAGCAUGUCGGCUUUGCUUACGUUUCAUCACGAUCAAUGGCUUCAAAAACACCAGUGGGGUUUGUUGGUCUUGGAAACAUGGGCAGUCCCAUGGCCAGAAACCUGUUAAAAAACGGUUAUCCUGUUAUUGCCACUGAUGUCUUCCCUGAGUCUUGCAAGGAGCUGCAGGACAUCGGCGCCCAGGUAGUAGACUCUCCAGCAGAGGUGGCAGAGAAAGCAGACCGCAUCCUCACAAUGCUGCCCUCCAGUCCAAACGUCAUUGAAGUCUACACAGGCCCAAAUGGCAUCCUCAAGAAGGUGAAGAAGGGAACACUGUUGAUUGACUCCUCCACCAUUGACCCUGCUGUCUCAAAAGAGAUGGCAGUUGCUGCAGAGAAGAUGGGCGCAGUGUUCAUGGAUGCUCCAGUGUCAGGAGGUGUCGGGGCUGCCAGCAUGGCCAAACUGACCUUCAUGGUAGGUGGAGUGGAGGAGGAAUUCAAGGCUGCACAGGAGCUGUUCACCUGCAUGGGAGCCAAUGUUGUCUACUGUGGACAAGUUGGCAGUGGACAGGCAGCUAAGAUCUGCAACAACAUGCUCCUGGCCAUCGGGAUGAUUGGGACCGCAGAGACCAUGAACCUUGGCAUCAGACUGGGUUUGGACCCCAAGCUGCUGGCAAAGAUCCUCAACAUGUCCUCAGGUCGUUGCUGGUCCAGCGACUCGUACAAUCCGGUCCCGGGCGUCAUGGAGGGAGUGCCCUCUGCCAACAACUACCAGGGUGGCUUUGGAACCACACUAAUGGCCAAGGAUCUUGGUUUGGCUCAAAACACGGCCACCAACACUAAGACACCCAUCCCUCUGGGUUCCCUCGCCCACCAGAUUUUUCGAGUCAUGUGCUCUCGCGGCUACGCUAACAAGGACUUCUCAUCCGUCUUCCAAUUCCUACGCGAGGAGGAAGGACAGUGAAUGGAGGGGGAGCACAGCUGACUGUGAUGUUACCAUACAUAAACACACACACAUGCACGCACACACACAUAAACACACACACCCCAGUGCCCCUUAUCCCACUAUGCUCAGGAGAGACUAAGGCCUUGCCCUCAGGCGCAGAUCUGUGGUCCAAUUAACAUACUGUAUGUCGGCUCAUGUCCCCUUGUAGCAUUAGCUGAAUCAUAUUUUCAAUUCACGGCUCUCCCUCUGCAUGGAAGAAAUGCUAAAACUGACCUUAGAUCAGUAUCAAGAGACAAAGCUACUCUCUUCCCAGUCUGGGCUGAGAGGCCAUAGUGGAAAAUGAGAGGUAGGAUAAGGUGCUGCAGGUUUAUAUGUACCAAUGCAAAUAAUAUGUGGUUUUUCCAGCUGAUAUGUAAUAGCUGCAUGAUCGUUAAAAGUUUAAGUAUGCUUUUGUCGGGUUUGAGCUUGUUGCCUAUUAAGCAAAUGACUCGGAUCUGUCCUUGUUAAAGGAAGAGGACAAAAAAAGAAAACACAAGCUACAGUAAGGAUUCACAUAGUGAUGGAAAUUUAACUGACAAGACAGUGCAAGAGAGUGUUUAGGUUUUCUACUGGAGAAAAAAAAAUCCAUUUUCACAAUACUACAUGUAAGGAAACCAAAAGUAGCUACAUCGUGGGCUCAAAGCUCACCUUUUGUUACAUUUGUCUGUUUUUUGCAGGAAGUGUGUCGUUCAGUGACAUACUUACCCGAGUCAUCCUGCCAGCUUACAUACAUUUCAUUUUUCAAUCAUCCAGUUCGUUUUUGUACCUUGUGAAUACACUAGAGUUACGUCAUUUUCGGCAUUUACGUCACUACUCGGCCACUUCUGCUCAUUUAAAUACUGUGAUAUAUAUCUGGUUAUUUUUGCACUGUGUGCAUUGCAGUGCGAUGUGCCGGGCCAUUUUGAUAGAGUUACAGUACCUCUUUGAACUUACCUCUCUUCUUGACUGUCUACAUCUGCUUAUCGAGCCACUGGAGUAUUAUUUUGUGACCAACACUGAAUUUUAUACUGUUCACUACAAUGUUGUUCUCAUUGUUUAGCACUUUCUCAUGCCCGUUUUGACUUUAAUGAAAGUCUAUCCUCACAUAUUUCUCCUCUCUCUCUGUCUCCGUCUCUCUCAACUUGUACGACAUCUGUGUAAAGUGUAAGCGAGGAACACUUCCUCCCUGCUCUGAGCAAAUGUACAUAAUGUAUAUUUCAUAUUGUCGUGUAGUAUUGAGGAGGAAUCUAAAUGGACUGUCAUCUUUUUGUAGUAAAAUUCAUGAAUAGUGUCUACAGUUUGUCUUUGCUCUGUGAAACAGAUCCUCAGUCACACUGUAGCCUAAAAUAAAAGAUGUUCUGUGUA